GAACAACCGAUGCGACCUGAACAGCCGACUUAUAACUGCGAGGUACGCCGUAGAAGGUUUGAGUAGCAAUGUAAUAGAGGAUAUCUCGAAUUCGUUUAUUGAACACACAUCCCCCCUCUAGCUGACAGGCUAUCGCUGAUAUUGGUAUAAUGAUAGACAUUUUGUUGUCCGUGUGCUCCGGCACGCACAAUUCCUCCUUUCCAGUGGCCAUAGGCCUUGUAGGUUGUCUACUAAUAGCGAUUAUAUGUCGAAGCUGGACAAAUCCGCUAUCAGCUAUUCCAGGACCUUGGCUUUCCAAUUGGACCGGGGUUGUUACUACCUACCACUGGUUCAUGGGGCGGCGUGCCCAGUAUGUCGACUCGCUUCAUAAUAAAUAUGGCCCAAUUGUGCGAGUCUCCCCGACUGAAGUCCACGUCAACGACAUCCCAGCCGUCAAGGAAAUUCAUAAAGUUGGCAGUCGUUACUUGAAAUCAGAUUGGUAUUUUGACCUUACCACCAGAUCUACCGUAACGAUCUUCAAUACGACAAGUCCUUCGUAUCAUUCGCAUCUUCGGAAACUCAUGUCGGGGCCAAUUUCCGAUGCAAACCUGAAACAAUAUGAACCUAUAAUCAUGGAACGAGUAUCACUCGCGCUUGAAGGGAUCGACGAUGAAAUUCGGGCAAGAGGUGCCGCCGAUAUUUUCAAAUGGGCAACUUUCUUAGCAACGGAUGUCAUCGGCGAACUGACUUUUGGCGAGUCCUUUAAGAUGCUAGAGCGCCGCGAGAAAAACCAAUAUGUAGAAGAUCUUGAGACGAUAGCCUCUAACCAGCCUUUCAAAACCACUUUCCCAUGGUUGGUGACGGCGGGUUUAUACAUCCAGCUUGGAGUAUUUCGUCGAAUUGCUGAACUCAUUCAGCGUCUGCAAGAGUAUGCGACUCAAUCUGUGCAACGCUAUCAAGACCACCUUAAGCAAAACCCGACAAAUCCAAAGCCAACCCUCUUCACAAAGCUAUACAAUGCUGAAGAGCAGGAUAUCCUCAAUCACAAAGAAAUUCUAGCCAAUGCUCAAUCCUACAUUGUGGCCGGGAGCGACACCACUGCUUUGACGCUGACCUAUUUGAUAUAUGCUGUUUGUAAGGAUUGGAAGAUUAAAGAUCGGCUUGUGAAAGAAUUGGCGUCGCUUCCGCCGGACUUUCGUGAUACAGAUUGUCGAGAAUUGCCAUUUCUAAACCAAGUGAUCACGGAAACCUUGAGAGCUUACCCGGUUAUUGCCACGGCCUUGCCGAGGAUUGUGCCAUCUGGAGGCGCUGUCCUGGCUGGCUAUUCCAUCCCGGGUGGCAUGACUGUUUCAACGCAGGCAUACAGCUUACACAACAAUCCAGUCGUUUUUCCUGCCCCACAGACUUUUGACCCCUCCCGUUGGGAAACGCCGACAAAAGAAAUGAACGACUCAUUUAUGGCCUUUGGGGGCGGCUCGCGGGUCUGUAUAGGUAUGCACCUGGCCAAAGUCGAAUUGAGAUUAGCAACGGCCCACUUCUUUAGACGGUUUUCAAGCGCACGAGUCUCGUCGAAAGAAGGGAUGUCGGAUGCCGAUAUGGAAAUGAAAGCUUGGUUCCUCGCCCAGCCCAAGGGCCAUCGAUGUUUGAUUGAGGCAUGAGCCAUAAGUAACAAUUCACUUCGAGGGAAAUGGCAUGCAUGUGGGCCGCAUUACAAUAACACUCUGAGCCUCUGAGGCCGUAUAAAAUCUAAGCAAUCAGUUCAAUUGGUUGGUUAACUAGUUACCAAAAUUGGCGAAUAGAUAAUUCUUGGACUAACCCCCAUCUCACAACCCGCAAACAAAUUAAAAAAAAUUGGGAGAC